AUGAAGUUCACGACUCAGGAUAUGGAAAGGCUUUCGUCUACCACUAUCAGGACAUCGCUCGUUUCUUGUUUGAUAUUCAUCUGCUUUGAAAUCAUGCAGGGAAGUUACGACAAAGCUCUGCAACACCUUAGAUCCGGCUCUAGCAUCAUGGUUGCCCUGUCCAAAGCGGCAACGGAUGCUCAGGCAGGAUUACCUCUUUCAGUGCACCAGAGAUGCCUGGCUGAGACUGUCAAGGACUAUUAUGAUCAGUUAUGCGAUCUUGCUGACAUGUUCACCUGCUUGGGCUGCGAUGCUGCCUACUUACUGGAAGAAGGCGAAGUCAUUCCGGACCUGUCUUAUUUCUUCCGGGGCAAUAGCAACAAAGAUGCUUCCAAGCCGUACUCCUCGACCACCGAGGCUCGGUACGAUCUCCACCUUGUAGACCAAGCUUUUGGGAAGGCUUUACGUUACAAUGUCCGAGGUAGCAUUCCGAUGAAUCCGAUAUCUUGGACCUCAUUCUUGGAUUUGCCAGAGAGCAUGUCACCACUAAGAGAUGACGACCUGCGGCUCGGGGAAUGGCUUGCAGCUCGCCAUCUCUUUGAUGUUUUUAGUAGUCGGCUUGCAACUUAUACUGAGCAUCUCAAGUCAAGCUCAUCAACAACCAGGCAGCAGUUAUGGGAGGCGCGGCUAAUGUCAGUCAUGCAAAAGGACUGGUCGGUCAUCAUCAAAUGCAUGGAGGCCCCGAGCUCACAGCCUCUGGAUCGACAAUUUUUCCAGGAUCUUUUAGAAGAUGCUGAAUCGCUCAUAUAUGCCGAGGCCGAGCCGAUGCAGUAUCCGGUCUUUACCCUGGGUGCGGAUGUGAUCCCGCGAAUGAGCCUCAUUGCCGGGUUCUCUGGUGAGCUGGACCUGCAGCAAAGGGCCAUUUCGCUGCUGUAUGCCAUGCGAAGGAAAGAAGGUAUGUGGGAUAGUCGGGAGAUUGCCAGUUUGCUAGAGUCUAUCUUGUUGGCUAGGGAAAGCAGCAUCUGGAACAUGGAGUAUGAGAGGAUCUCUCUUCCGCGAAUAGCAGGGAUGCUGUUAUCGCUGAAGCUGUAUGAUGGUAGCAGUUCGUUACCUCUGGCUACGCUGGUAGACUAA